AUACUCCAAAUAAAGCUUUCUUCUCCUUCCCCAAAAUCCCAUUCUCCUUCUCCUCUCUCGCUCUCGCCCCUUUGCUUCUAUAUUCCAUAUAAAUACGCUUCCAUUACACAUCUCUUCGCCCUUUCCCAUUUCCAUUCACGCCGAUUUGCUUCUCACUCAUCUCAGUUGCCUCUGCUUCAUCUCCAAUUCAAGCAACUUGGGAGCCGAUAAGAGUAACUAACUAUGGUGCUAUCAUCGUCUUCAUUAUCGAAUCCCGACGCCAAUUCCAAUCUCUCUCGCAAGCGGAGAAAAAUUGAGCCCCACUCCUCCGCUCGACUUCCCACAGAGGCCGGUCGCCCCAGGUGGCGGACGGAAACCGAGCAGCAGAUCUAUUCGUCGAAGCUUGUGGACGCCCUCCGCCACCUCCGUCGCCCUGAAUCCCCCGACUCCACCGGGCGCGCCGUCCGGGAAACCGCCGACCGAGUGCUCGCCGUCUCCGCCAGGGGCAGAACCCGCUGGAGCAGAGCUAUUCUGGCCGGCCGCCUCAGCCUCCGCCUCGCUCACAUAAAAAAGAAACACAAAAAGGCGGCCAAACCCGCCGCCGCCGCCGACUCGCGGGUCAAGAAACCGGUCGUCCAAAAGAAGCAGCCGCUGUUGCAGCGAAAAGUAAAGGUGUUGAGCCGAUUAGUUCCAGGCUGCCGGAAACUCCCGCUGCCGAACCUUCUAGAAGAAACGACUGACUAUAUUGCGGCGUUGGAAAUGCAAGUCAAAGCUAUGACUUUUCUCACAGGGCUACUCAACGCCGGCGCUUCCUCCGCCGCCGGCAGCUCAUUAGCCGAUCAAAUUCAGUAUUUUAGCUCGGCUUAGCUGGUGUUUUUUUUCUUUUUUUGUUCUAAACUAUAUUAUUUUGGGGGUUAAAUUUGAAUUAAUUAAAGCUUAAAUAUGUUAAUAAUUGAGAAGGAUAAUAUAUUUAUUGGUGUGCUUUAUUAUGUAAAUUUCCCUGCAUUAGCAUUAGUAUUAGUAUUAGCAUUAGCAUUAGCAUUAGCAUACCCACUUUUUCUCUUUGACUUUUAAUUUAAUUUAUUUAUUCUUUGGUUUUCCUGAGUUGGAACAUCCCAACUAAUUCAA